UUUUUGUCAGUGUCUGUCUUCCUUUUACAGUUGACGGGUCAUCAAACAGUGACUGGCAAAUCUCAGGAUAUAAUGCAAAAGACCCAUUUGAGGCAGAGAGAGAGUCUGAGAGUAAUAGAGAGAGAAAAAAAAUGGGGUGAGAAGGAUGAUAGGCAGCUGGAGUUUAAGCAUCACAGCUGCUGGCUAAAAUCCCAUUAACAAGUUUCAUUCUUCUGUUUUGUUCCAUUGGAUGUUUGCUCUGGUUGCUGGAUAAGAAUUAAGAACCCAUCACUGGAUUUCAUUCACUUGUUGAUUUGGUUGCUUGAAGGCUACUGAAGUGAGGAGUAGCAAUUAUUCAAGCAUUGUACUUGUGUCCAAUUAAGCAGGUGCAAGAAGUGAGGUGUAGAGCUGCAAAGCAUCAUUUAGCAUAUAAUUGGGUGGUGUGUUUUGUCUAAUUGAUAUUCUGGCCUGGAUCCAUUACCUAGGAUUUUGUUACUGGUAUAAAGACCAAGCGUUUGCCAAGUCAAAACCAGUUGCACUGCUGUUCCUUGCUGGAGUCAUGGCAACCUUAUUACAUUCUGAGUCUAGACGCUUAUAUUCUUGGUGGUGGGACAGCCACAUUAGCCCAAAAAAUUCAAAAUGGCUUCAGGAAAAUCUUACAGACAUGGAUGCCAAGGUCAAAGCAAUGAUCAAGCUCAUUGAAGAAGAUGCAGAUUCUUUUGCAAGGAGGGCAGAAAUGUACUACAAGAAACGUCCAGAACUUAUGAAACUGGUAGAGGAGUUCUACCGAGCCUACCGUGCAUUAGCUGAGAGGUAUGAUCAUGCAACUGUGGAGCUUCGCCAGGCCCAUCGAACCAUGGCAGAAGUGUUUCCCAACCAAGUACCUUAUGUGCUGGCUGACGAUUCACCCUCAGGUUCUUCAGGCCCUGAGGUUGAUCCCCAUACACCAGAAAUGCCACAUCCAAUUCGUGCAUUGUUAGACCCAGAUGACUUGCACAAGGAUGCACUGGGACUCUCUUCAACCAGCUUACAAACUAUGAAAAGGAAUGGAGAGCGUUCAGAAGAAUUUGACACUGGAAUAAGCAAAAGGGGUCUUAAACAGUUCAAUGAGAUGUUUGGGUCAAGAGAACUAGUGGCACAAAAUUCAAAUGUUGCUGAAGGAAGGAUGAGAAAAGACCCAAAAGUUCAUGAAGCAGAAGAGAGUGAACGAAAUUUGCAACAUGGUUUCCUUUCCAAGUCUCAGCAUGCUGGGGAAGCUGAAAGAGAAGUUGAGACCUUAAAGAAAACCCUAGCAGAGAUACAGGUUGAAAAGGAAGCUAUCCUUCUUCAAUACAAGCAGAGUCUGGAGCAGCUAUCUCACCUUGGGAGAGAACUUAAUCAAGCCCAAAGGGAUGCUGGAGGGCUUGAUGAACGAGCAAGCAAAGCAGAAAUUGAAAUUAAGAUACUGAAGGAAGCCCUUGUUGAGUUAGAAGCUGAGAGGGAUGCUGGUCUUCUUCAAUACAAUCAGAGUUUAGAAAGGAUAUCUAGCUUGGAGAAUAUGUUAUCUGUUGCCCAAGAUGAUGCAAAAGGACUCCAUGUGCGAGCUGUUAAAGCAGAAACUGAAGCUCAAUGUUUCAAUCAAGAACUUUCUAGAUUAGAGGCUGAAAAGGAGGCAGGUCUUCUUCAUUAUAAACAAUGUCUUGAGAAGAUAUCAGUUCUGGAGACUAAAAUAUCACUUGCUGAGGAGAAUGCCCGAAUGCUAAAUGAGCAAAUUGAAAGAGCUGAAACUGAAGUUAAGGAACUAAAGAAAGCUCUUACCAAACUAAAUGAAGAGAAAGAAUCUGCAGCAUUUCAGUAUAAGCAGUGCUUGGAGAUAAUAGAGAAGAUGGAGAGAGAACUUUUUCAUGCCCAAGAGGAUGCCAAACGCCUGAAUAGUGAACUUCUGAAAGGGGCUGCAAAAUUAAAGAGUGCAGAAGAAGAGUGUUUUCAAUUGGAGAGAUCCAAUCAAUCUCUGCGGUUAGAGGCAGACAAUCUGGUGCAGAAGAUUGUGGUGAAGGACCAAGAACUUUCAGAAAAGCAUGGUGAGUUGGAAAAGUUACAAACUCUGAUGCACGAGGAACAUUCACGGUUUGAGCAAGUGGAAUCCACCCUCCAAACUUUGCAGAAGUUGCACUCUCAAUCUCAAGAGGAGCAGAGAGCUCUGGCAGUGGAGCUUAAAAAUGGGCUUCAGAUGUUCAAGGACUUGGAGAUCAGCAAACGUGGGAUGGAUGAACAAAUGCAAAGGGUUAAGGAAGAAAACAGGAGCUUGAAUGAAAUGAACUUUUCUUCCACCAUAUCAAUAAAUAAUCUGCAAAAUGAAAUCUUUACCUUGAAGCUAAUGAAAGAGAAACUUGAAGAGGAGGUUACACUAAAUGCAGACCAAAGCAAUGCUCUCCAGCAGGAAAUUUGGCAUUUAAAGGAGGAAAUCAAGGGCUUAAAUGGAAGAUACCAGGCUAUUAUGGAGCAAGUAGCAUCUGUAGGUCUGAAUCCUGAAUGCCUUGAGUCAUCCGUGAAAGACUUACAAGAUGAGAAUUCAAACCUGAAAGAGGUCUGUGAAAGGGAAAAAGAAGAGAGAGAAGCCCUACACGAGAAGUUGAAGCAUAUGGAUGAAAUUUCAAAAGAGAAUGCUGUUCUGGAGAGUUCCCUGUCAGGAUUAAUGGCUGAGUUGGAGGGGUUGAGAGAGAAAGUUGGGAACUUGCAGGAGUCCUGUCAGUUUCUCCAAGGAGAAAAAUCCACACUUGUUUCUGAAAAAGCUACUCUGUUUUCACAGUUACAAAUUGUCACUGAGAAUCUGCAGAAGCUCUUGGAGAAGAACACCUUGCUGGAGAAUUCACUCUCCAGUGCAAAUAUGGAGCUUGAAGGUUUGAGGGCAAGAUCUAAGAGCUUAGAAGAGGUAUGCCAGUUGCUUGGUAAUGAGAAGUCCAAAAUCCUAAAUGAGAGGGACACCCUGGUAUCUCAGUUGGAAAAUGUUGAACAGAGAUUGGGUAGUCUGGAAAGUAGGUUUACAAAAUUAGAAGAAAAAUAUUCGGAUCUGGAAAAGGAGAAAAAAUCCACGUUUUGCAGGGUAGAAGAAUUGCAAGCUUACAUCUUCAUGGAGAAGCAAGAGCACACAAGUUACGCACAGUCAAGUGAGGCGCGAUUGGCAGGUUUGGAGAACCAAGUGCAUAUCCUGCAACAAGAAAGUAGGUUGGGGAAGAAGGAAUUCGAGGAAGAACUUGAUAGAGCUGUCAAUGCUCAGGUUGAGGUUUUCAUCCUUCAGAAGUUUAUAGAAGAUUUGGAAGAAAAGAAUUUAUCUCUACUAAAUCAAUGUCAAAAACAGGUUGAAGCAUCCAAAUUUUCAGAUAAACUGAUCUCAGAGUUGGAGAGUGAGAAUCUUGAGCAACAGGUAGAAGUAGAAUUCUUGUUAGAUGAAAUCCAGAAGUUGAGAAUGGUAAUUCAUCAAGUGUUCAGGGCUAUUCAAAUUGAUCCAGAUAAUGGGAAUGUAGAUAAGAUUGAGCAUGAGCAUAUACCUGUACCGCGUAUUUUGGAUGGUAUUGAGGAUUUAAAAGAUUCUCUGUUGACAAGCAAGGAUGAGAAGCAGCAGCUGCUGGUUGAGAACUCAGUUCUCUUAACUUUACUUGGGCAACUGAAAUUAGAGGGUGCAGAACUCGAUUCUGAGAAAAAGAUCAUUGAGCAUGAGUUUGAGGUCAUGACAGAGCAGUGUUCUAUGCUGCAAAAGAACAAGCACGAGCUUCUAGAGAUGAACAUGCAGUUGAGAUCAGAAAUGGGCAAGAGUGAGCAACGGGAGGAAGUUUUAAAGGCUGAAUUGGAAACUCUACACAUUUCUCUGGCAACUUCAAAGGGGGCUUGCCUGGUAUUUCAGAAAGAAAGUACAAUGUUGCUUGAAGAGAAGAAAUCCUUGCUGAAGAGUUUUUCUGACCUGAAAGAGGAAAAGCAUAUUCUUGAAGAGGAAAACAGUUCUAUUCUUCAUGAAGCAUUAGCUCUCAGCAAUAUGGCUUUAGUCUUUGAGAGCUUUGCAACCGAGAAAUCUGUGGAACUAGAAGCACUUUCUGCAAAUAUCGACAGUCUCCAUGUUGUCAACAUUGACCUCAAGGAGGAGGUUAGCAUGUUGGGGAAGAAGAUGGAAAUGAAAGAGGAAGAAAAUCUAUGUCUGAAUGAAACAGUGGUGAAGUUAGGGAAAGAGCUGAGUGAAGCCAAAGAUUUAAAUGACCAAUUAUGCAUUCAAUUGUCUGUUGAAAAAGAUUUUCUGAGACAAAAGGCAACAGAGCUUUCAGAAGCAGAACAGAAGCUUAAGGCUUCAGAGAGCUUGAAUGUUGAAUUAUGCAGAACUGUUGAAGACCUGAAGAUGGAACAUGAAGAAUCAAACCUAGUCAGGGAAAAUCUAGAGAGACAGAUUCUUGAAGUAUUGGAUGAUAGCACAAUUCAGAAAAAAGAAAUUGAAUGCCUUCGUGAGGUGAAUGAGAAUAUGGAGUCUAAAGUAGCAAUAUUAAACAAAGAAAUUGAAGAACAUAGGAUUAGAGAAGAGAAUUUGAAUUCAGAGCUGCAAGAGAAGAGAGAUGAAUUUGAACUAUGGGAUGCUGAGGCUGCAACAUUUUAUUUUGAUCUCCAGAUUUCUGCCACUCGUGAAGUUCUACUUGAAAAGAAGGUUCAAGAACUUGCUGGAGCUUGUGAGAGUCUUGAAGAUGAAACUGCUGCAAAAGGUAUGGAGAUUGCACAGAUGAAGGAAAGAGUUAGCUUCUUAGAAAGUGAGAUAGGAGGACUGAAGGCGCAGUUGUCUGCAUAUGUUCCUGUCAUAGCUUCUUUAGGAGAUGAUAUAGCCUCUCUUGAGCAGAAUGCCCUUCUUCACACAAAGCUUUCUGUGGCACGAAAUCUAGAAACACAGGACAAGGAAAUGGAAAUUCAUCCUUAUGAAAACAGCUGUCAAGAGCUUAAAGAAGAUCAAAGGACUGCGGUACCAAAUGGAAUCUCACAUUUGCAGAAGAUGCAGACUAGGAUUAAAGCAGUAGAAAAGACUGUUACGGAAGAAAUGGAAAGGCUUGCAACACAAGAAAGCAUAAACACCAACAUCAAAGUAGAAGAUGUAAUGGAAGAGACUGAAGACUUCAAACCAAAAGGCAAAUUGCCUCAAGAGAGAGGUCUGGAAUCACAGAGGACUAAACCUGAAAAUGGGAUUUUGAUGAAAGAUAUUCCACUUGAUCAAGUCUCAGAUACUUCAUUCUAUGGGAGAAGCAAGAUAGACAAUGGUAGAGCUGAUGACGAGAUGCUUGAAUUAUGGGAAACUGCAGAGCAAGAGUGCGGCCAGGGUCCAAUGGUCAAUGAGACACAAAAGCAGGCAUCUGCACCAGUAGAAGAUGUUAAUGCAUACCACAGGCUAGAAGAUGGGGAGAAGAGUCAGGAUCUCCCUUCAGAAUUAGAGAUUGAGAAGGAGUUGGCCAUUGACAAGCUAGAGGUAUCUGCAAGUGUUAGACAGCCAAAUCAAGAUGUCAACAAGGGAAAGUUCCUGGAGAGACUUGCUUCCGAUGCUCAGAAAUUGACGUGUCUUCAAACAACUUUACAAGAUCUGAAAAAGAGAGUGGAGAUGAACAAGAGAAGCAAGAAGGCCAGUGACAUUGAAUAUGAAACAAUCAAAAGACAGUUACAGGAAGUUGAGGAGGCUAUUUUGCAGCUGGUGGAUGUCAAUGAUAAAUUGACAAAAGAUAUUGAGGAUAGCCCAUCAUCUUUGGAUGGAAGACCUUCAGUAGAGCUGGAGGAGGCUGGAAAUGUCCGCAGAAAGAGAGCAACAGAACAGGCAACUAAAGGGUCCGAAAAAAUUGGACGUUUGCAGUUUGAUUUACAAAACAUUGAGUAUGUUCUGCUUAAAUUGGAGGAUGAAAAGAAAAGCAAAGGAAAGCACCGAUUUCCUGAAAGUAGAACAGGAAGUCUCUUGAGAGACUUUAUUUACAGUGGGGGGAGGGGUAGUGAGAGGCGUAAGAAGUCUUGUUUUUGUGGCUGUACAAGACCUUCAACUGAUGGAGACUAAGGUAAUUACUAAGAGGAAAGCAUGUUUCCAUCAGCUGUAAGUUUCACUCCCUGAGAUGAUCCUAAUAUUAUGUUUAGGGGGUCAUUUCUUGGAUUAAUCAGUAAAAACUGUGCCUUUUAGCUUAGAGGAACCGUAAGAAUUUAGGACCAAACUAAUUAUAAUAAGCUGCUUUUCCAGCAUUUUAUUUGUUAAUUUAUAAGACAAUCAAUAUCACUAAAGGAACUCAGUAGUACAAGUUUCUUUUAUA